CACCAACCAACGUCAAGCUGGAAGAUGCUCUCCCAACCAGUAUGGUGGUUUCAUGGACUCCGCCACUGGAGGACUCUGAGGGCUCUCGUUACACAUACUGGGCCGCCGCAGCUGACACUGCAGACCACUACUCUCUGCACACCUGUAGUCCAACGGAGCAGGAGGAAAAGGAGGAGGGCAACCACCGCGACACGAGCUGUCAACUAACUGGUCUGCAGCCCGGCAGCCAAUAUCUGGUGUUUGUAUCUGCCUGCGCACAGGAGCAACACCAGGAGCACCGCUGCAGUUCAUCCUCCGGACUAUCGCUGGGCCACACACUACCGAGUGACAUGGAAACGCUCCACGUUGAGGCUGUCAGCUGUUCCAGCCUGCACUGCACCUGGACCUCCAAGUCCACCGACGCCAAUGCCUUUUUCCGUCUACUUCUUGAUGGCAGUGAGGCUACCGCCUGUACUGCCGAGAACAAAAACCAAUCCUACUCCUGUCAACUGACGAACCUAUCUGCAGUCACAAUCUACAGUCUACAGUUGCAACUGUGUUUGGUGGAAAACGACAGUGCGCCAUCCUGUGAGCCCUACACCACACUGGUCCGGGCCUCUACUCAACCAUGCUCGCCCACUAAAUUGACGGUAAGGGCAGCUUCAUCAACCAGUAUUGAAGUGACCUGGGAUCGCCCUGUCGAGGGUCCUCUGGUCAGCUUCAGCUACGUCACGGCUUACAGCCUGGGAACGGAAUAUCACAGUCGGUGUACCUCCCCAGCGAGCAACCAGUCAAUCGGCUGCACUAUCUUCAACCUUCAGCCCUACAUGGCCUACAAUUUGACCGUCGAGACGUGCCUAGAGAGUAAUUUCUGCAGCCUUCCUUCUGCGAUGGUAUCAGCUCAUACCCUACCCGAUGCACCAAGGAGGGUCUCUGUCCUUGACUUUGGACCCACUUACGCCCACAUUUCCUUCGAGAGACCUCCUGGGGAUCAUCACAGAUACCAGUUCCUUGUCUCUGUGACAUCUCUACGCAACCACGAAGUUUCCACUUGCUCAGUUGCUGUCAAUGCCACUAAUCUGAUAUGCAUAGUUAAUGAUCUUCAACCAAAUUCACUUUAUAUCGCCACGGUGACUGCGCACGGCCCCAACAAUCUCCACAGUCACUCCUCAGCGCCGGAACAUUUUAGUACUCCCCCGCAAAGUCCAGAAGCAGUCCUCACCAGUGAAGUGACUUCAACAGCAAUCAAGGUCUCCUGGAGGAAGCCCACAAAUGACUCCUCGUACCACUUUAAGUACACUGUAAUGGCAACACCUGGACCAGGUCUGGCCGGCGAAACAAAAAUGUGUAUCACACAAAUAUACAGUGCAGAGAUGUCCUGUACUGUGAAGAACCUGCAACCCAACUCUGUUUACAACAUCACGGUGGUUGUUUGUGCCGACGCGGAGGUUUGCAGCCCACCUUCUCUCCCCCUACCAACACACACGCUUCCAAACGGUAUGAAAUUAGCCAUACAUCUGCUACUAUUUGAACUGAAAAUGAAAACGGGAGGCGGGUGCCUGGGGGAAAUCAUUUUAAUGCACUAA